CCAACGGGCGUUAUAUCCCGACUUGUGACCACUGACAGUCGUAGAAAGAAGAGACCAAUCUUCCGCUCCUGCCUCCCGCAAGCUAUACUCGACAUGAAAGGCUCGCCUGAUUUACUUGAAGCUCGUUGUUCAUUUGUGGAUAGUGCAGGCAUCUGCGACACCAAAGAUUCCAUUCUUGAAGAGUACUUUUCCUGCCCCACUCUACUUUCCCUUUGGUUGCCAUCUCUCAACUUCUUUGGCUAAAGGCCGCGAUACGAACUCUUGUUGGAGAAUAUCAUAGGAUGCGUUCUUUCUCGAUACUGUAGAUAUGCUCAACCAUUGGCGGCAUGUGUGCAAUCUCGAACCAUAAUGCCAACCUGCAACAUCGCCUCCGACUUUUUGAACAGCUGUUUCGCCAAUAUGAGUGCAAGAAGCUCACCAGUUGAGCCACUUGUGUCACCAAGCCUGGAGGACAUCAAGUUCCGUUGUCCACGGUGCCCACGAAGCUUCAAGCGCAUGGAACACUUGAAAAGACAUAGGCGUACCCAUGAUGGAACGAAACAGUUUGUAUGUUCUACAUGCUCUAAAGGAUUUGCGAGAAGCGACAUACUCCACCGCCAUGAACUUAUUCAUUCGGCAACAACCCAUGAUGCAGCUGAUACCAGAAGAAAGAGGGCUUGUCUAGAAUGUGCCAAAGCUAGAGAACGAUGCACGAAAGGGGCUCCGUGCUCUAGGUGUUCUGCACGGUCGUUGAAAUGUACAUAUCCUCAGGGCAAUUCUGAGGACCUGACACGAGCAGCGGUCCAACCCACGAUCACAAUUGAUAGCCAGCAAAGGCAUCUUCACUAUCAGUCUCCCGAAUAUAGCGGCCUUGCAGCAUUGAAUAUGACCACUUCUAAUCCACUGACUGAGUAUGGUCCGGAGGGAUUCGGCAACAUGCAAUAUGCAGAUGUCUAUCCUGGAAGUCUGGAAGGAGCCACCAUCCCUGUGACUUUUCCACAAGCUGCCAGGACUCCGAUCAGUACCAGCACUCAGAGUCCUGUUCCAUCUUUAGGGGUUCCAUCAUCGACGCAGGACAUCUAUAACCCCUUCGGCUACGCACCAAGGGCCGCAUCAACGCUCGGAUCACUUCAAAUCCAGCCAACAUACAGCCCUGCUAUUGCAUCGCCGAUUAGCUGGACUUCUACAACUGAGACUGCCGAUGUCGCAUACCAAGCUCUACCAGGGCUUGGAAUCAGCAGAGUAGAUCUCUCUCCGACAUCACAUAGCGAAAUACAGUCGCCGGUGAUUCCGAUAGCAACAAGCUCGUACAUGUCCGGCACAUGGAUUACAGACUCCAGAUUGGUGCAGCAGAACUACAGUGAUGCACGAAAUCAGUCCGUGAGUUCCGACGCACCUUGCUCUAGCCCUUGGAUGUCCUUGUCUACGAUGAGAAGCACGUCACCAGCAUUUCGUUCCUCCCGAGACGCACCAACACCAGUAUCGCCGUGGAAUGAUACUUUCGGAGGCCUGAAUGUUUCACACAGUACACCAACCUAUGCACCUGUGCCACAAAGAAGGCCGAACUUUGCGACUAUGGACCAGGAGUCGUUCUGGAUCCCGCCAUUGAGUACAUUCUCACACGACAGAACAGAGACACACACUGAUUUCCCAAGGAUUAGUGUAAUAGUGUAUACCAAAAUCGUGCAGCGGUUUCGAAAGCUCUGCAUCAACCCGACAGGGGCAUAUGCAUCAUUUCUUAGCGUAGAUUUCCCAAGCUUGGGAUACUUGAAUCUCUUUGUUGGUCUAUAUUUCCAACAUUUUGAUCCCGUCCUCCCAGUUAUACACUCACAGCAACAUGAUUUGGAUGACUUUUGGCCGCUUUCAGUGGCCUUAAGUGCUGUUGGCUGCCAAUAUAGCAAAAGCCCAGAGCUGUUAAUGUGUGCUGGGCCAUUACAUGAAUUUCUCAGGAGAGCGCUGGCUGUUGAGCUGGACUCCGGAAACUGGGCCCGGCAUGUUGUACCACUUGCUCAGGCUCUUGUUCUUAGCCAAAUCGGCAGCCUCUACGGUGGCUCGAAGCAGUCUAUCGCUCUAGCUCGGGCCAGACACAGGACACUGGUAGAAAUCGUGGAGACAUAUGGGCUGUUACGGUCCCAGUCGGGUUGGGCUCUGACAGGUCUGGUAGAAGAAAGUUGGCGGCAGUGGCUUGGGGAUGAGACCAAGCGUCGACUUGGCUAUUCCAUUUGGCUGUUAGAUUCUAUGUCGGCUUAUCAUUUCGGGCAGAGACCUCUCCUUUGUCUGGAAAAUGCGCAAUGUGAGCUACCAUAUGCGUCCCUGUGGACCGCCAAGACGGCAUCGGAAUGGCUGGAGAGGUUCAAUAUUCUGACCAGUAGGUCAGUUGCUCCUGUUGGUGCUGGUAGCAAACUCAUACCGCCAGGAAACCGGACUUUGCCUGCGGCGAUGAAUGUUUUGCACUUGAACGGAGAAAUGACGGGUGACCUCGGCGACUUUGGUCAACUCAUUCUUCUGCACGGUAUUUAUGAGGAUACGAUCCGAUCCAGGAACAAUUUCUCUCCCACAAGAUCCUCCCUCAUACUAUCCGCAAAAACAAAGAGGGAGGCAGCACGAAGCAUAGCGUCUCAGCAUCGUACGUCACUGGAAUAUGUCGAGAUGAUGAACCGAGCAGCAAUGAACGAUCUCUACCAGACUGGCAUCGAACCCACGUCCGUGCUCCAUCUGGCUAUCGCACGAAUAGUGCUACUAGUACCAUACGACAGCAUACAGAUGUUGGCCAAAUCCGUCGCAUCGCAGCAACCAGGACGUAUGAACCUGCCGGACAAUGCCAUCCAGGCGGAACAGGCGGUCCUCCACUGGGCUCAGCAGGCAGACCGAAGCGCACGGGUGGCGGUAAUACACUGCGGAAUAUGUAUAUGGCAUCUGAGAAGGAACAGCAACAAUGCCUUCUACGAGCCUAUAUCUGCCUUCCUGGCAACCCUGACGGUAUGGGCAUAUAGCCGUUACACCUCUCGGACACUUCAGGAGGGCCAAGAGAAGGCCCUGGAACUUCUCGACAGGAUACCAAGCGGAGAGGCUACCCGUAAAGCUGGCCCGAACGUUCGACCCGAACCAGAAUUUAUACAAUUAGAUGGCCCGAAUGACGACCAGACGCUGCAGUUGUUCAUCAGGUUGGGCGGGCCGUCAACAAUACGCGCGCAUAUGACAGGGGUCGGCAACAUAUUCUCGUCGUCGGGUCCGGUGAAUAUCGUGAAGGAGGGACGCAAGAUAUUGGCAAGUGUGUCCUCGGUUUGGGGCCGCUCGCAGGAAUAUGCCGUUAUAUUGGAAGCGCUUGAGAUAUAUAGCAUGGAUAACUUGGCGCACAUGACCUGA